AUGUCUCGCUUUUCACUACAAAACAACUCGAACAGGAGGAAAGCAUAUGAAGCUGGAAAAUCCCCAUUAGAGUUACUUCCACCUGAGCUUCUUCAAAAGAUACUUGGAAAUCUAGAAUUAAAAUAUAAUCACAGAGAAGGAGGUUCAAGCAACGAUUCCGGUGACAUCAAUUGCCCCCACCUGGAGAGACCUACUUUAUUUUCAUGUCUUCGUGUAUCAAGAGCCAUUUACAUGAAUGCGCUUUUCAUUACAUAUCGAAGUGUUACAGUCACUCACAUGUCCGCCUUUAACCAUAUACUUGCUCAACUUACCGAAAAUCCCAUCUUGGGUAGAACCAUUCGACGUCUUGAUUUCUCCGAGCUGAAAACUACACGCCCAAUGAGAGAGUUUUCCAAUUACCUUUACGGGAUAGUUUCACUCGCUCCACACCUUCGAGAAUUCCGAAUCCCGAAGGAUACCAACCUAAAUGGUUUCUUAAGCGAGUCCUUACUUCGACUACUUUUUGUUGGGUUACCUCAUUUGAAGACGUUAGACUUAGGUAAUUGCACAUCAUCAACACUGGAUUGCAUACCUAGCAUACUUGAUAGCAUGCCAGCAUCUGUUUCACUUCCGAUCAAAUCAUUAUCCUUGGAGAAUUGUAAAGCUCUACCAGCUUCAUCCUUCGAUUCCCUAUUUUCACGGCUUGGCUCGAUACAGUCGAUGACGUUAUCACACACUCAUAUCACGACAGAGGCUUUACAACUUCUUCCUCCUACGGCUAAAAUAUCACAUUUAGCUCUCAAUCAUUGCCCCUUCCUUGAAGAUGUCUCCUUGAUUGACUUCAUCACCUCACAUCCGUCGGUAAAGGAUACAUUGGAAUACCUCGAUGCCUCUGCUGACCUUACGGUUGGUGAAGAGAUAAACGAAAAGGAUACAGAACGUCUACUGAAAUAUGCACCAAGGACAAUCAAAACUCUCAAGCUAAGAGGAUGGAAGAUGGACUCAGCAUGUGUUGCUCAGUUAAAGGCGUUGAAUCAAACAGUAGAAGAGUUAAGCAUAGGCACCGGCCUCCGCAUGCGCGAUCUCGAAUCUAUAUUUCUAGAUACUGAAGAUAAUGAAUCACGAAACGAAGAAGAGGGAAUCGAUUCAUUAGAGAUCGACUCAAAGUAUACCACUGUCCUCGAGCCAAUGGAACGUGCGAUAGCCAUCACCAAGUUACGACGAAGGAUUUCCAGCACCCCAUUACCUACUUUCACCGGUGCCAAACACAGCUUAAGGUAUCUUGAUAUUAGAGGAAUGACAUUGGCAGAACAAAGCAAGAUCCGAUCUUCAAUCUUGCUCGGCAAGCAAUCAGUGGCACUGAAUGUGAUUGCUGUGAAUGAUAGAUUAAUGGAUAGAGAAGGGACGUUGAAGGAGAUUUGCGCGAGUGUGGGAUGGACGGUAAAGAGAGAUGGAAGAAGAUGCCUCUUGGUUAGACGAAAAGUUUGA